AUGGCGGCGGGAAUGUAUCUAGAGCAUUAUUUGGACAGCAUAGAAAAUCUACCAUUUGAACUGCAGAGAAAUUUCCAGUUAAUGCGGGAUUUGGAUCAGCGAACCGAGGACUUGAAAGGGCAGAUUGACUCUUUGGCUCGUGAAUACACGGCAAAUGCGCGCACGCUGUCUUCGGAACAGAAGCUGUCUUUGUUGAGGCAGAUCCAGCAGUCAUAUGGCAAGUGUAAAGAGUUUGGCGAUGACAAGGUCCAGCUGGCCAUGCAGACCUAUGAGAUGGUGGAUAAACAUAUCCGACGGCUGGACACAGACCUGGCCCGAUUUGAGGCCGACCUGAAGGAGAAACAGAUCGAGAGUACAGAUUACGAUUCUACUUCAAGCAAGGGGAACAAGAGUGAACAUCGUGGGCCUAAGGAGAAGAAGGUGGCUCGCACCAGGUCAAAGGUGAAGAACUCGGACGAUGACUGCAGCCCGAAGAGCGGACAGAAGAAAGUGAAGCUAAUGCAAACGGCGGAAUUCUCAUCUUCAUCAGUGAAUUUUGGGAAUGUUCACCCGUCAGACGUGCUUGACAUGCCAGUGGAUCCGAACGAGCCGACCUAUUGCCUCUGUCAUCAGGUGUCAUAUGGAGAGAUGAUUGGCUGUGAUAAUACAGAUUGCUCUAUUGAAUGGUUUCACUUUGCCUGCGUCGGCCUGACCACCAAGCCCAGGGGAAAAUGGUACUGUCCACGGUGCUCACAGGAGAGGAAAAAAAAGUGAACGUCAGAGUGAACAUUUCAAGCGAGAGUAAAUGUCAGAGUGGAAGGUAGAUAAAGAGAGGGAUGAAGUGUGUUUUCUUUUCAUCCACACCCUCCUUUAGACACUAAUCUAGUCCUUUUCUGCCCCCCCCUCCCCCCCUCGUUUUCACC